CUCUUAUUAAGACCUUUUUUCUUCGGUAUCUUGAUGAAGCACCUUAUUUCAGACUUUCGACAUGUUUACAGUUAAUUAUAUGUCUGACUUCAGUACCUAAGCUGGUGAAGCAGUUUCAAAGGCCAGAGUAACUGCCUAACCAGGUGAAGUUGAUAAGUUUAAGAAACUACAUCUUAGAUAGGAGACAACUCUUUCGCAUGAAACACAAGUCUGAAGGAUGUACCUUCUCGAUACCUUGACUGUCAAACAGUUGAAAAAUACUUCUUACAACGUGAAUUGUGUUCUUUUGUUAAUUUGACAAACUGCGCAACACUAAGGGUAUUCUGGAGCGCUUUUUGGUGUGCUUUCGAUUGUACGGCUCUGUUUUCUCAUGCUGGUUUGUUUCUGAAAUAUGGUAAGUCAGUCUGACUAUCUUCAUACAAACGAAUCUUAAAUGACAAAUUUCUUGGUUGUUGCUCCAAUAUAUAUAAUGUUAUGUCGAAAUGAGUUGUGUUGCUUGGUUAGUGGGGAUCACAAAUGGAUCAGCUGUUCUCAUAUGUCCGUUGCUAUCUUGCCUCUGAUAGUAAUCUUCAUAUCAAAUUAAGACAGAUUUGCCAAACGCUUUUCAGAUUGAUGCUCUGGCCCUUUAACUACUGAAUGAUGCCAUUCUUGAACAAGCUCGUACACUUUCAUAAAACGUUUGUUUGAAUAUUGAGAAAGCAUAUUUACACAAGUCUUGAUUUUUAUUUAUGGCAGCGUUUUAGUCCAUGCUUUUAUAUCCGCCGUCUAGUUAGCUAUCCAACGUCCUGCUGUUGGAACUUAAAUAUUUAGACCCUUAAAGGGUACUAUAGCCAUCCGAUGUGUUUGUGGAAAUGAACAAUUGAAACCUACUUGGUCACCAGCAGUAAUUGCCUUUUGCGUUUGUACUUUUUUGUGCAUGAAACGUGCUUGAGCAUUAAGACAAGGUAUGAUUAUUCUUUUAUUAGUUUUAAGUACUAGGAUAUCGUUUGGAGAUAUAGAUCAAGUAACUAUGCUGAUAGUACUAGUUAAUUUUAACUUAUUUUGUGAUGCCCUACUUAGAGAAGGUACAAAACAUCUAACGGAAAAUUAUUUCUGAACAGUGGGUAAAAACCAUGUUUUAGUCCAACCAAACGACGAAUUAUUAAUCAUACCUUAGAGUGCUUAUCAAUAAAAAUGGGUGGUUAUCAACAAGAUGUUUGUUGAAUAUUUACAUUCGUAUCAAGAAUAGUUGAGGUUUAUAAAAACAAAUAUUCUCUUUGGAUAUCUUGUAAUAUUGGUAUAUACCAGACACUGCUGUUAAUGUCAGAGCAUGUGAUUAUGGACGAAGGUAGACUUGAUACACUCGUGUCAAGUUCAUCUGGAAAAGGUUAGCGUUUUAGUCAUCAUAGAAAUCUCAAUCUGAGAAACCAUACCUUGUCUUGGUCUUCAGGGACUGACCUAUAUUACCUGGAAGUUCACUGAAUAACUUAGAAUACUUAUGAUAUAGUUCUGUUCGGUGAAGCUGCUGGUAUAAUGCGGAGUAUUAUAACCUUAAGUAACAGUGCAAGCAUUUAAGGUGUUUCUUCAUCUCAAUGUAAAAUUUUGGUUUCGGACUGAUCUGAAUAAUAACAUAGAUUAAUUGUUGGGAGUGAGGCAGUGUGGUGUACCGACCACUAACCUUGGAAGUCUCUUUGACCCUAGUAAGUUGGUGACUGAAGAAACAUUCAUACUACAGAAAGCUUAGUUAGCUUUUGGAUAUCUACAUCACUUGUCGCGUAGGUGAGAUGUUCGUCUGUCAAUCAUACGGCGAGUAUACUGUGUGUCAGUUAGCUCUGUCUUACUGUAUGACCGUGAAACAUAGUUCCUGAUAAUAAAAGAUGGACGGGCUGAAGAUUUUUUGCCGUAAGUGUCUUCAAAACUCCCACUUUAUCGUAAAACGAUCGACUGAAUAAUGUUGAGUUUAGCCAUAGAGUACUAGGCAAAUAUGGAAAAUCAGUUGAUGAGAUUAUAGAUUUUCGACUGAUGUAUUUAAGACCUGGCACUCAUGCUUGACCACUAUCUACUUUUACGGGCAAUUUUUACCUUUGUAGGAAUAGGUCGGAAGAAUUGUAGGGGAGGCUACAAGAAGGCGUAGCAUCAGAACAUGAAAUCACUGACUUGUUGUGAAUCAUGUUGGUAGACGUUGACCACCUGGUUGGAGUCUGCACGAUAACUGCGUCCUUUUUUUAGACGGGUAUAAUGUCUUGAAAUUGGUAAUAAUGGCUCAUUUGCAUUCAUUCAUUUUACUCUAGAUCUUGAGCUUUAUUAUUCCUUGCUGCAUAUCUUUGUCUUCUCUAACCAUGUUAUCAAUCGCUAGUCUCCCACAUUAUCUACUACUACAGUAUUUCUAUUUAUAAUUUUAUGUCAUCUUGCUGAUGUAUUUUGGUCUAACGCAUAUAUGUGCCAAACACUACGUUGAUUAUGACCGACUAUUAUGUUUCCUAGAAUACUUUACUCGUUUUAUUCAACUGCCGUAAGACGUUCACGUAUUUGCAUCAUUAACACAAUCUAGUCUUUGAUUGGUGGGAUAUUUGUCAAUAAUUGUCAACUAACUUUCCCAUAGUGGUUUGAAUCCACAAAAUUUGUAAUCACAAAACGGUACUCUUCAGCAGUACGUAAAUCUAUAAUUUUUAAUGUAGUUUGUCUUGUAGCUUCUGCGAUCAAUUAGUAAUAACUUUAAACUGUUGAUAUAGCUAGAUAAGCCGAUCAAUCAGUCUACCUGGACUCAUUGUCGUAUAGUCUCUCAGUACCUAACAUGAAUAAAAACAGCUCAUGCAAAGUAGCGACAUUCGCUUCAGGAUGGUUUCCUAAGCCAUUUGCUCAAAGUAAUUAACGUUUGCUAAUUAGAUACUUGGUAGUCAUUGGGGGAAACGAAUAGUACAGCAGGUUAGUUUUACUUUUGCUGUUGAAACUGUUACUGUUUUUGGGAACAAGGAGUAGUUUCAUAAAGUUCUUAUGGAACUCACUUUUUGGUAUUUGGUCCUGUUCAUUCGCUUUCCAAUUCUGUUUGCGAUUUUAAUUUAAGAACUAACAGUUCCGUGCUGCUUCCACACAAUAACUAAAAUAAUUCUUAUUUGGUAGCUACUCCGUUAAUUCUGCGUGUCCUGUUCAAUGUCAGGAAGCCUCAUUAGUCAGCGUGAAGAGCAGCCAGUGUUGGUCCUUACCUGUCAGCGAGAUUCACACCCUUUUCAGGACCGCAUAAUUAUACUAAAUGAGAUAAUAAAAGUUGGACGUUCAGUGGCCCGCGCCAAACCUACAAAAACCAAUGCGAUCUUCGACUGCAAAGUCUUGUCGAGAAGUCAUGCAUUGAUAUGGCACAAAGGUGAUCGGUUUUGGUUACGUGAUACAAAUAGUAGCAAUGGAACUUUUGUCAAUAACACAAGAAUAGUGAAAAAAAAUGAUGAAGAUUUUGCCGACCGUGAGAUAUUUUCCGGUGAUAUCAUUCGUUUUGGAGUAGACGUCGUUGAACAUGAUACAACUCACGGCUGCAUCAUAGCUCAAGUUGCUUUGUAUCAUCCUAAUGGAACAGAAGCAAAACAAAGCGUUGAUUAUGUCAGUAGUAAUAAUGCUUUGACUGGUAUCGAGGCACUCCAUACUGAACAAAUGUUCCGCUUCACACAUUACAUUAGCGAGGCUUUAUUUCGGGAACAAGUUCUGGACACAAAACUUGAGUCUAUCAAACGGCUCCUACAAGAGGCACAAGAAAUUUCUGAGGCUGGUUGGCGAGCUAUGGUGGAUGAAGAUCGACUUUUGGAGAAGCUAAGUCUCUAUGAAACUCAACUAUCUUUAUUGAAGCAAGAUUUGCCCGAGAAUUCGUUACAGUCGCAUCUAAUGCAGGCUCUAGAAGAAAAAUUUAAUCUUGAGAAAGCCAGUAAAAUAAUGUUGGAACGCCUGUUAAACGAGAAAGCGGAAGUUUUUAGCAAAGCUACAGAUCUUGAGCAUUCUUUGGUCGUGUCUCAAAAAGAGUGCAUUCGCCUUCGUCAAGACUACGAAAAUAUCCAAGAAGCGUACCAGAAUUUGGCAAAUGAUAGGCAGUCGAAGCAAGUAGCAUCAGAGGGAUCAAAGGAAAGCAAAAUCGAAAAAUCUGAUGUGAAAGUCGAGACUGACCAACUUAAAGAUGAAAAAGUGCUUGGAAAAGUUUUCGACCAGUUUCUAUAUUCUGAUCAUAGAGCAAAUAAUAGACAAGCCCUUGAUAGCCAUAACGGUAAUGAUGCAAACAUUCUUAUGAAUGGUUUAGACAAUGGCAUUUCGAAAAUCCCUGAGAAUUAUGAUGAUAAGUUAAAUAAUAUCAACGAACGAUUCGGUAUGCAAAAUAAUUCCGAUUUAUUGAAAUCAUCGGAACGUGAUAAUUUCUUCAGUGUUCAAGGGCAACAUGUCACCACAAAUGAUGAAUCUCAUAACGGUCAUACAUCUAUUCGGAUAAUUGAAGGUAUUCGGCUUUUCAAUCAAUCAAAUCAAUUAAUCAAAUUGCUCCAAGAUGAAUUAAGUAUUUUGGCCAAGAUAAAAAGGUCAAAUGAAUCAACUCUUUCCUUACCGGUGAAUUCUGAUCCAGCUACAAACAAUAUUGAUUCUUUUGAGUCUCUUGAUAAUGUUGAUCCUGAUAAAACUUCAUUGAAAAGACUCGAUGUUGUUAAUUGUAAAGAAAAUAAUUUUGAAACUGCCUUACAACGUGCAACAGAGUAUGCUACUUUAGUUGCUAAUCUUCAACGUCGUGUGGGUGCUGAUUUAAAUUCUUUGUGUUUACCACCGAAUCUUCAUAAUAAUGCUGAUAUUUUUAAUAUUCACAAUGAUUUAUGUAUACCUCCUGCCGAAUUCAGGACGACUCAUAUAACUAAAAUGGAUGUUUGUCUAGGAACAGAAACACUUGCCGAUCAUAUUCAAUCUACUGAAGUGGAUGGGACAGCCAACCAGAAAGUUGAAAUUAAUCACUUGCAAGCGUACAGAAUGGAUAAAGAUUCACAUACAGAUGAAGAACUUUCAAAACUACACAAUGAGCUAAUGGAAUCCGUGAAUGAGAUUGAAACUUACAAACAGUUGACCGAAGAUUUAAGAAAACAAGAUGCCGCUAAAGCAGAGUUAUUGUUAUUGGUUCGAGGAGAAUGUGAUGCACUGAAAAGUCGAAUCGCUGUAAUUGAAACCGAUGUAGCAACAAGUCGUGCUGAUCAUCAUCGUCUAAUAUCUGAAACAAGAAGAGCACAAGCAGAAGCUAAUGAAUUGUUACUUGAACGUGACAAUUUAUCGAAACAACUAGAUACUGCUAAUAAUCAAAUAGAACAUUUACAAAAGCUUCUUGCCAGCACACUUUUGUGUGAUACCAAAACACAGAUUUCUAACAAGAAUUCUAUUUCCAACGAAAUAUCCACUGUAAAUUCUUUAAAUGAUAAUCCUUGUCCAACUAACCAAUAUCCUACUAAAACUAGCAACGUGCCAUUGCAUGAACAUUACUUCUCACUAUUUGCUGUCAUUCCUGUUAUGGUAUUGAUUUGUGCGUUCAUCGUAUAUAUUUUCUUGAAAUUUGUUCGAUGACCAUCUGAUUAUAUGACUUGUAUACAACUGGAUUCUCUAUACUAUUCUCUUGUUGUUAAAAAAUCAUACAAUAGUAAUAAUGCUAAUAAUUCAUUUUGAUUAGUUUUGAAACCAAUAAGGGUAGUUCAAUGUGGGAAAUUGAGAGAAAAGUGUGCAUUCAUAUUUCAGUCAGCAAUUUCGUGAAUUUCUACUCACUAUAUUGUACUUGUAUCAAUAUGCAUUGUUUUUCUCGGGGAUUAUUCAUCUUGGUUCAAUUUAUGGUCAGUUCAUCGACCAAGCAACCACGUCUAACCAUUUUUCAUCAAUAAACACGUUUUUUAUACAUUUGUGUAGUUGAUAUAAAUCAGUAUGCUUAUUAUUGUACAUUUAAAACCAAUGACUGUCAAAAGUUAUUCAGUUUGUUUCUUCCCUGUCUGUAGUUACUUUAGAGAUUUUCAAAAAGCCACUUUUCCAUUAUUCUCUUCCUAUUACUAGUAUCAUUAUUGAAAUGUAUUUCCUGGUACCAUAAUAAAUUUUGCUAUUCUUUAUCGACACAGUUAAACUGAAAUUUCACUGGUAAUAGUUUAUAUAUAUAUAUAUAUAUAUAUAUAUAUAUAUAUAUAUAUAUAUAUAUAUAUAAACGCGUGAUUUUGUUGAAGUAUGUUUUUAUGUAUAUAUAUGUAGAGAUUUGUAUUUAUUAAUUCUAUUAUUGCACUGAUCUCUGAUGAUAUCUUGCAUUCUUUCCUCCUUUUAUUAUUAUUGUUAUUGUUAUAAUUACUACCGUAAACUGCAUGCCUUUGUUUCUCACGGGCUUUCCAUCGUUCUUUUCGUCGUACGUCUGUGUGCAGAACAAAUAUUGUCCCUUUCUUUUUUCACCUUUUUCGUUUAUCUAUGUAAUAAUCUGUUUACUGAUAAACUAACUAUGCUACCUAGGCACAAAUAGCCUAAUAAUACAGUAAACUUCACAUCUUUAAUUAGUAUUAUUACCACUAUAAACUUAUUUCUUUCCAUAGUUCUUUUUUAUAAUUCGUGAUUUUUUUAAAAUUGUCAUAGGUACAUCGCAAGCAGUGCAUAUAAAAGAAUGAAUGAGUUCAGUUUAAGUCAUGUACGAAUGCACAUAUAUUGUUAUAUAAAUAAAUACGGUUAUGAUUUUUUGCUUGAAAGCAUGUCUUAUAACUUGGUAAAUUCUUCUUUACAGAGACAUGAUUAUUUCGCUUGCUUCUUUGUAUCACAAACAAUUCUGGGGACCGCUAAAAGGGUGUUAAAUUCACCUGGAUGAAUAAUUUUUGUUGUAUGGCUCAUAAAUAAUCAAUGAAAUAUCAACGAGCUCUGGAAGUCUUUUCUGUUAUGAAGCAUUUUCUAUCUUGUCUCUCGCUAAAUUUCAUCAUGCUCUCGAUUUUCGGAUUGAUAAUGUAAAAUACACAUUUCUUUAUAUGCGUAUGCACAAAUGGUUACAUAUUUCCUGAUGUCUUUUCGUUUUCAGAACAACUAAACCAUAGCUCAAAACUAGUAUGUGUUUAGAUCCCCUGCGUUUGUAUUGUUUUAAAAUGAAUUAAGUCUGCCCACCUAUUAUAUAUAUAUAUAUAUAUAUAUAUAUAUAUAUAUAUAUAUAUAUAUAUAUAUAUAUAUUAACCGUCAUAUUUCAUAUUUUUGUCAAUCAAUUUAUUGUAAAUAAUUAUCGAGGCCUAUGAGAUUUUGCAAUAAGAUCCGAUCUCUUGUGAAUCGUCCAUUUCGCAAAACAUGGUUCUGUUUAAUAAGCUUCUACAUUUUCCAAAUACAAAUUUGGCACGGAUGCUUGUUAACUCACAAUUUUUAUCUUAUAAUUAUCAGACUUUAGUGUGCAUAAUGGAGUUUCGUGACGCCUUAAUUAAAACAUUUAAAAGGAAACAAAAUGUUAUGAAGACCUCGAUUUCCGAGGGGAAAUACGGAAUACACUGGAUAGCGUGGAUGUAACUAGAUGAUUCGGACUUCGCAGAUGACGUAGUUCUUCUAUUCAAUACGUAGCAACAAAUGGAGGUGAAGAUAGCCAGUGUAGCAUCAGCCUGUUUGCAACUAAUUCGUGAUAUAAUGGUUUUAACAAUGUCAAUUGAACAGAGAACACAUACUACCAACCUGUUCUUCUCAGUAGACUGUAAACUGAUAGUUCAUCACCGUCACAUCAAUAGAACAUUAGUGGUUUUUAUGUUUGAAUUUACUUCUUGCCUCAUAAAUUCCAUAAUAUUGAACUCGGAUCGCUUUCCCAUCAGCUGAAGCAAUAUGGCUACCCUGUUCAAUGGGACCAGUCUAGUGUAAUGCUGUUAUCUUAUCUCGAUUUCUUGUUAUUUCUUUCUGUAACACCAACUUGUUUGUUUAUGUUUUUGAAAUUUCGUUGUCUGAUUGUUUGUGAUUCAUGUGUACAUGUAUGGAAAACUUGAGAACCAAAAUGUUACCAGGUGUUGAAAUAUAUCUGUAUAGCAAGACAUUUGAUCUGUUCUGUGUAUCCUAUGUUUAUUUAUUCAUCAGCAUUGGUUAUAAUUACCUGUCGGCUUUGCGGUGUUAUCUCAUUUCUCGCUUCAAUGUAACUUGUAAAACGUUUUUAAAUUAUGUUCUAUGCACAUAACCAUCACAUGUAGACUUAAAUGAGUUUCAUCCGCCUUACUCGAGCCCACAUAGUUUUCGCCACUUCUCGUUUAUCUUACUGUGUUUAUUCAUCACAUACCGAAAUCAAGUAAACUUACGAAUGAGUAUGGUAGUUUUACUAAUAUCAUAACCAAUUUGGAAAUUGUAUGAUGCUGGUUAAUUAUUUCUGUAACAGGAGAGACAAUGCGACAAAUUAAUGUAUUUCCCAAUUAUUACUACUAAUAUGAAUUCAAUACAUUGUCAAAAUAUAAAUGUUGAGACUUAUCUGUUUUGUUUUUUACUGUGUUUUAUUGUUUUCCGCUAUGGGUGUCAAUGGGUAGGUGGUUGAAUGUUGUGAGUGGGAACAUUUCUUAAUGUGACAAAAACAAAUGUCUGAGAUUAACUGAUAACAACGUGACCGGUUGGAUUUUCAGUUGCGCCGUUUACUUGCUUUUUAUCUGGUUGAUGGAGUAAAAUGAAAUUUAGUGUGUUUGCUUAAUUGUUCAUUAUAAUCAGUGGUCAGUCGGCUAAUUGGUUUAUUUAGUUGUUUAAUGUAUUUGUUUGUUUUAAUAAGUUCCGUAAUUUUAAACGAAAGCUAAAAUCACUAGUCUUAAUAAAUUGGUCCCUUAAAUGCCCUGUUAUAGCCGAGUGUAGGAAAAGUCCUAUCUCCUUCUCGAAACGCGCUCACAUGGCCACGCGUAUACAGUCACUGCUAGGGAAGUCCUACUCACUGCCUUCUCGUGGCAGGGUUGUUGCUUAACGAAAUUGAGAGGUCGAGAAGUGAAUGUGCUGUGCUCUAACCGAGUUGGUGUAUAUGGAGGGUCUAGGUAGGGGAGUUGGGAAACCCUGAUUCCAAACCAGUGGUUUGGAUGAGCCUCAGGAUCUUGAGGGAAUGGAUUGCGCAUGAACGUAUUGUUGGUCAACGGCUACCAUGAGACUGCAUCUAACGUUUCUCCACCAACUUGUUGAUUAGGUCUUUAAGUGAAAAGCUUGAUUAGUGGUCCUCCCAGAAAAAGACCUACUUUGGUCUUGUCUCCUGAGCAAUAUUCCAGCCUUCACACAAAUCGAAUGAUGAGGUGUGGCGGAUAUAUAUAUAUAUAUAUAUAUAU